AUGUCUACCACUAAGAGGUGUAAGACCCAAUCCACUACAACACAAAUCAUAUAUCCUCGGCGCGCUGUUCAGCAUGCGGCGAAGCUCGCGCAAGAUUUCUCCGAUGUCUACAUUCACAUUGAGAAGACCCAAACCCAUCAUGGCAAGUUGCCCUCGGCCAUCAAGGAGAAGAUGAAAAAGGGCGUAGAGAGCGUCGUCGCGAAAGCUCUCUCGAAGCGAGUCUGCGCGAGUUUUCCUUCCAACCAAGACAAGAAGACCUUCCAAGACAUGAUCUCCAACAUGAUAUGUGACUUGUAUUCCUCCACAGUCCCCCAAGACCUGUUCGAUAAUCUCGAACAAUCAUUCAGAUGCCUCGUCCCCAAAAUCCAGGCCCUGGAAUCCGCUUCUCAGCAUCUUAACUGGUAUCCGGCAGAUUCAACAGUCGGUGUGGGAGCAAAAAAAGACGCAGACGCUUUAAUUACUGCCCAAGCGGCUAGGCUUUCGAUAGACCACGAGAUAGCUGACAGUAUGGAUGACGAAAGCUCUGACGACCAAAAGGAAACGAACAAGCAAGUGGUACAGCCAGCAAUCAGACUGCAAGGCAGCGUAGACUUCAGCCCAGAUCAGAGCGACUUGGAGAGCGAUGAAGAAAGUGAGGAAGAUAGGGAGGAAGAUAGUGAAGUGGAGAUCAAAGAAGAGAAUGAAGACCAGGCUGCGGCAAUGGUCUCGCCGGAUCCCACAGUGUUUACCGUCACCUUAGGCGUCCCGAUUGCGCCUGGCGACCAUCGAUUCAGCAUCAGAUUCCACAACGAGCGCGUCAUCCCUGGCCUUCGCUGUAUGCCCUCUCGCGAGAUAUGGCAGCUCGUUCACCAUGCAAUUCGACAGGACCGCGACAUCCCCAACCGCCCGUCCUCGCUUCCUCGGAUCACCGAAGUGCAUCAACAGGAUGACGGACGUCUAGCUUUCAGAGUGAGCAGCAAAGAAGAUCUUGACAUACUCUCCACCAACGUCCAAUGGGCCAGAGACCUUCGAGACACGAUUGCGGCGGGCAUCAAGACCUACAGGGUGGUGUUCGAAUUCGGCAAGAACCAGGCUCGGAAAAUGGAGAUCGAAGAAUACACAGACAGGGCAUGGAUCCUUGACGAAAUCCGGAAAGAAAAUUCCGAAAAGAUACCCUCACUCAGCCACAUCGGCGCAAUCAGAGACGUCAUGAUGCUCCAGGACCCGGCCUCGAAGAGGAAAAGGAUCAACUAUAUACUCGUCUUCGGAUCAAGGGAAGCAGCGAACGCGGCCCUGGAAAAGGGUCUGACAUUUCACAAAAAGAGCCGCGCGUGCACGGUCCACUCGCCCGGCACGCAAUGGCACCAGCAAUGUUCCCACUGCCAAGGACACACCCACGCCGCCAAAGACUGCCCGUCGACCCCGUCGUGCCGCAAGUGUGGCUACAGGCACGCAACCCGGUAUUGCACAUCGGCGACGAUCGAGUGCGCGAACUGUCACGGCGGACAUGUGGCAUCGAGCAAGGAAUGUCCCCAGUGGCUGACGGCGGAGGAGGCGGCCCAUCGUUCUUACCGUUUCCCGGCAGAAGGGGCGGAGUGUCAGAUACCAACUCCAGCGACAGCGGUAACCUUGCCUACCCCAACGUCGCCACUACCGAUAGACCAAACGCCACCGGAGAUGCUCAACCAUCGACCCGAAACAGCUCUCCCACCAGCCACCCUCAGCACCCAAACCCAGAAUCCCCCGAUCAAAGCCCACCCCGCCGCCCCCGCUUCCGCCAUCCUCCAGACCAUAGACGAGUUCCGAGCAUUCGUAGCCGCGCGCGAGAACCACGGCCGGGAUUCUCGAAAGCGGAAAAGGGCCGGGUAA